AUGGCCCCUUAUGAAGCUUUGUAUGGACGGAAAUGUAGAACACCUUUAUGUUGGACAAAAGUUGGCGAAGAAAGGAUCUUAGGAUCGGAGAUUAUUCAAGAGACAACGGAAAAGAUAAAGAUGGUCCGUGAUAAGAUAAAGAAAGCACAAGAUCGCCAAAACAGCUAUGCAGAUCACAGGAGAAGACCAUUGGAAUUUGAUGAAGGUGACCAUGUAUUUUUGAAGGUGACCCCGAGGUUGAGACUGAAAGGACCGCUUAAGUCACGGAAGCUAAGUCCAAGAUACAUAGGGCCAUACCAGAUUAUAGAGAGAAUUGGAGAAGUAGCCUACAGAUUAGCCUUACCACCUUCUCUAUCAGAAAUGCAUGAUGUUUUUCACGUAUCUCAACUCCGGAAGUUUAUUGCAGAUUCUCUUCAUCCUAUUCUUCCAGAUUCAGUGGAAGUAGAAGAAGAUCUGACUUUCCGACCUCUACCAAGUUGCAUUACAAGACGAGAAGUUAAGGUGUUAAGGAAUAAGGAGAUUCCUCUUGUUAAGGUUCAGUGGGAUGAAUCACACCCAAGCGACGCCACCUGGGAACUAGAGUCAGAAAUGCGAGAAGCCUAUGCUCAUCUCUUCCAGAAAGUAUAUAAAGAAAGAGGAAAGCUCAAGAGAGGAAAGGAAAAACAAGGCUAG